UGUUUAUCAGAAAAUAUGAUUAAUAUUGUGAACAAAUUGAAGUUUCUAUUACGAAUAGUGAUUUGUUUUUGUCUUUUAUUGAAUUUUUUUCACGGCUCUGCACAUUAUUUGAUAAGCCAAAGAAUCUUUUCAUGUUUAAAAAUACAGAUAAACCAACAUAUUAAAUUGAAUAGAAUUUCGCAGUUUUUUCUUUCUGUACUACCCCAACCUGACAUGAGCAUGAAACGGGUUCAAGAUCAGAGUGUUUACUUUAAUUUUGGAAUACAUUUUUGUGAAUAAUACUGUUGUAACAUUAAUUUUGUGUAGUGUAAAGGCUAAAACUCAAAGAACUUCAGUUUUGUGUUUCUCCCCUCUUGUUGCUUCCACCUGUCACAAAGAAGUUCAAACAAAAAAUCAAAGCUCAAACCUUUUGCUUGUGUUGGCAACAAUGGCAUUUGGCUUUUUCUCCCUGAUUCUCUUUCUUCUUUUCUUGUUCUUUUACUCUUUACUCUAUCCUUUUCCCUAACUGUCACCGCUUCUAGACAACACACCCAACUCAGCAUUCUCUGGCUUUUUUUUUUUCUAACUCAGUUUCUCAAUAAAGGAAAAAACUUUUGCUAUUUUUGAGGUCAGUCAGUACUAGUUACAUGCUUAGCUUGUUUUUCUUGAAUUCCAGGUUCUUCUUUUGCUGCUUGUUUGCUUUUCCGAUCCAAAGCUAUUUGAUGAUGGAUACAGAUAGUCAUGUAUUUAGUUCGUGGGAAGAGCGCUUUGUUUCUCGGGGGAAGGGUCGUCGUGUUGUGCACUACUACUUGAAGGAUACCUCAGGGGAGUUAAUCCUUGCUGUUGUAGGUACUGAAAGAAGCUCAAAGAACAUGCUAUAUGUUGUCUCAAAGGAUUAUUUGGAUGCUUUUGGGCAUACAAGUACCAUAAAUUCUGACACAAAGUGGCGUACAAGAAAACGCGUAGUGGAAUGGCUGACAAAUUUAAUUUCAAAGCAACACCAAUCACCACCUAUUUCAAAUACCCCAAGAAGAGAAACAAGAAGAAGUGCUUUGAUAGCCCAAGAAGAUCCUUCGAUGCAAGGACCUAGUGGGAGUAGAAGUGUCAGGGAGGGUGGCCGUUCUGGUAUCAGAAAGUCAACUCUAGGUAACCAGAUAGCACAAGCAAAACCACCAACUUACCCAAAGUUAAAAAUAAAAUAUCCAAACAUAGAACCAGUAGGAAUUCAGCUUGUAGAGCCUCAACGUAAGCGAUCUUUUGAUGUUGGUGACAAUAUAGAGGUUCUUUCCAACGAUAGUGGCAUGAAAGGCUGCUGGUUCCGGUGUAAAGUAUUGCAGGUAUCACAAAAACAUAUGCACGUUCAAUAUAACGACAUUCAGGAUUGUGAAAGUCUUGAAAAGCUCAAGGAAUGGAUUCCUUCCUGCAAAGUUGCAGUCUCUGAUAAAUUGGGCAUGAGAAGCUCAGGACGCCUCACAGUUCGGCCCCAGCCUCUGGAGGAUUCUUCCGACUGUUCUUUUGAACUAGGAGCUGCAGUUGAUGCUUGGUGGUCGGACGGGUGGUGGGAAGGAGUUGUAACUGGAUUUGAUGUCUUUGGAAGCAGUGAUCUUCAGCUUUACUUCCCUGGCGAGAACAUAUCACUGGAGAUCCAAAGAAAGAACGUGCGGACUUCAAGAGACUGGGUGGAUGCCAAAUGGAUUGAAGUUGAGCCAAAGAAAGACACAAAGUCGUUCAUAGACUCAAGCUUAACUUAUGCAUCCAGGUUUAAUAUCAACGAGCCUGAGAGCUGCGAAAAUCAGAUGGCUCCCAGGCUUAUGGCACCUGAAUACAACAAAAUGACUUCCACUUCCAAGCACUCAGCAGAGAAGCAAGACACUGAUGUGCUUAAACUGAAAAAGCGAUGGGAAAUAGAUUUUCUUGCAGAUAACAAGAACUGACAUUUUCCUUUGCAAAUGUAUAGGUCUUUGACAACAAAAUAUGGAAUAGGCCUCUUAUAGAAAGCACUCUUUGCCAAGAAUUUGGCAUGUUCUUGUUCUGUAUACACAUUCUCUUAUCGGUUAUGCAUAAAAAUUGAAACUUUAUGAAGUUCCCUAUGAGCAUGUGUUACAGUUUAUCAGCAGUGGAAACACACUAGUAUUAUUGUUCUUUGAUGCUGUUUUUUUCAUUGUUUAUAUGGUCAUCAGGUGUUAAU